AUGGUGUUUCAUGUCUUUGAAGCCAAUAAGUUUUCUAAAAUAAAUAAUCAGCUAAGUAUUCCAGAUACAAUACCGGAACAAUCUGGAGAAUUAAGUUUAAGUAGUUCAAAAUUGAAUGAUAUUAAAAAUGAUUCUGAUUCAUGCAAAAAAAGUGAUGGCAAUAACAGUGUAGAAGAUAUUGAAACCAAUAAGAGUAAUGAAUCCCUAAAUGCUAGUACCAUUAUUCCUCUUGAAAGUUCAUUUUUGCAAGAUUGCGAACAUAGGCUUUUAGAUUUAAGUUGUAGCGAUGAAGAAAAAAGUUUUAAAAUAAUGAAUAAUAGUUUAGAAAAUAGUGUGUUAAAAGUCAUUUCAAGUAAAUUAGGUUUAAAUAAUGUUACAAUAUCUACUCCUCCGAGUGAAUUAAGGAAACAAAUAAGUAUACUGAGAGAUGAAAUGGCAGAAAGUCAUGAAUUUCACGAUUUGGAAAUGAAAAUAUUAGAAGAAAAAGAUUCUGAAAAUUAUGUUCAAUUAAUUGAAAAAUAUUCUGCAUUAUUAGACCUUUAUACAUCGUUGAAGAAAGAGUAUGAAGAUUAUAGAAGCGAGCAAGAAAAAGUAAGAGAUGAACUCCAAGAUAAAACAGCAAAUUGCCUACAGAAUUUAUGUUCUCAGAUUGAAGCAUCGGACAGUAGUUUCACAUUUAAUGACAUCAGUUUUACUUCCCUAAACAAUGAUGUUAAAAGCUCUACAAUUUUAGAAAACAUAAGUGAAAAUGAAAUAUCAGUUGCCAACAGUACCUUGCUAACGACUAACGAUCCAUUGGCUAUAAGUAAAAUUGAUGUUUUUAAAACUCCUUUAACAACGCCGAAAAGAAGCGUAAAAAAAAAAUUACUUCAAAGUUUAAGUUCCGUAAAAUUAAAAUCAUUAACGAAGGAUAACAUUAGCUUUAAUAUGAGCAAAGGGGAUGACUUGGCAUAUUUUAAUGUUGAACAAAAUAACAAAAUUACCAACUUGCAAACCAUGCUUCAAGCGAGAAUUCUUCAAGUCGAAGAAUUGGAAAAACGUCUUUUUAAAGUUGAAGAUUUAUUGCCUCAAUUAGAAAGUCAAAGUGACAAAAUUAUUUCAGAUUUAAAAGAUGAGAAUUUACAGUUGAAAAAUGAUUUAUCGAAAAAAUCCGAUCAAUUAAAUGAUUUAACUCAAAAAUUAAUCACCGAGAUCAUCGACUUGAAUCCGUCUCUCAAAGAUUCACUCAAUGAUUAUUCCGCCACGAAAAUUUUAUUUCUUUUCAUCGAAACGAUAAUGGACAGUUGUAAAAAUGUUCAAGGUGAAACUCUUGAAAAAUGGGAAACGGAAAAAUCCGAAUGGAAAAAACAAAAAAAAGCCGAUACUGAUUUAAUUGAAAAUUUACAAAAUCAGUCGAAAAUAUUGAAAAACGAAAUGGCGGGUUAUGAAAUGGAAUUGCAAAGUUGUAAAGAAGAAUACGACAAUCUUAAACUCAAAUACAGCGAAGCCGAAACAAUUAUUAAAAAACAAGAUGAAGAAAUAAAAUCACUUAAAUUUUACGAAUCCGACAACAGCAAAGUUCAUGAAAAUUUAUUAAAAUCUGAGGAAACAAUAGCGAAACUUCAGUCAGAUUUAUCAGUGUUGGAAAAUGAAAAAACAAAUAUUUUUAAUAAAUAUCAAGAAUUAGAAAGUAAAUUAAUUUCAAUGGAAUCGGAAAUCAAAACAAAAGUUGAUGAAUUAGUAAACAUUAAUAACUUGUACAAUGAUUCCAAGUUGAAAAACGAGAGUUUUGCACAACAGUUAAAAGUGUCAGAAGAAUCCACGUUAAAAUUACAAAACGAUUUAGAUUUGAUCCGAAAAGAAUUGAACUGCAACGACAAUAAAUUUUCAGAAGAAAUAACACAUUUCAAAAAAGAAAACAAAGAUUUGAAAAAUAUAUUUACCGCUUUGAUGGAUAAUAAAAUAACACUUUCCGAAUUCAUAGCAAACAAUACGGAUCUCAGUGACAUGGGAAAUUCGGAUUCCACUCAGUUUUUCGAACAAUUGAAACCGAUAUUUAGGGAUUGCUUGGAAAAUGAAAGCGAGAGAUUUUUGCUAAUAAUUAUCGAAACCAUAUUUAGCUGUUGUAAAUUCAUGCAGCAAAAAAUUGCUCAAGACUCCGACAGUGAAAAAAACGAUUCUAAAAGUAGUGAAAAUUCAAAUUGCAUUUUAUUCAAUGCGACAGAAAAUCACGUCAACUUUUUGAAAAACGAAAUGGAUAAUUGCGAAAGAGAUUUGAGACAUUAUAAAAAUUUACACGAUAUGUUAAAAAUUGAACUUUUCGAUUUCUAUUCGGCAAUCACUCGACAAAUCGAAGAAAUCGAAUCUCGCCAAUCGGAGACUUUUUGUAAAACUCAGCAAAUAACGAGAGAAUUGCAAAUGAAAUUAUUGAUUUUCGCAAAAGAAAGAAUCGAUUUGGAAAAUAAAUAUAAUGAAUUGGAAAACAAAAUGAAGGAAAAAGAAGGAGAGCUCGAGACAAAUACUAAUUUACUUGGCGAAUUGAAAAUCGAAAACGAAGAACUUAAACAAUCGCUAGAAAAAUUUAAAGAAUCGGUAACUCUUCGGGAAAUCGAAUUAGAUAAAAUUACAAAUGAAUUAAAUUGCACACAAAAUAAAUUAUCGGAAGAAAUUAAUAGUCUGAAAAAAGAAAACGAAGAGUUUAGGAGUUUAUAUGCCGCAUUAAUUAACAAAAAAGAAAUUAUUACGGAAUUUUUUGGUGAAAAAUACAAUUACGACCAAGUCUUUUCCGAAUCUUUAUCAGAAAGAUUGAAACCAUUGUCGAGCAGUUUAAUUUCAGAAAAGGAAAAUGAAAAAUUAUGCUUGGGAGUUACGGAAACUAUUUUAAGCUGCUGCGAAUUCAUACGUGGAAAACUAAAGGAAAUCAAUAAAAAAGACGAGGAAAAUUUACAUAAGGAAAAAGCGUUGGUCGAUGACUUGAACGAAAAAUUAAAAGCGGAAAUAGAAACUUGCAAGGAAGAAUUGAGCGCCUGCAAUGUCGAAUUAAACGAAUACAAAGAAAAUUACGAAUCAAUGAAAAUGAAAUAUUCCGAUGUGGAAAGUGAAAUCGUUGGAUGUCGCGUUAAUUUAUCAUCCGCCGAAGAAAAAAUUACCGAACUGGAAAAUGAGAUAUUGAACUUGAAGAAUGUUAAAAUCGAAUUGGAAAACAAAUGCACACAAUUAGAAGAUAAAUUAUCAAUUUUACAAUCGGAGCUAAAUGAUAAAGAAAGUAACGUGCAAAAUGCAAACACGCUAGGCGUAGAGUUAAAAAUGGAAAAUGAAAGACUUUCUAAAUUGGUUGAAAAAUCAGAAGAAACGAUAUCGCGACUCCGAGAAGAAUUGGAAACAAUCAAAUCCGAAGCGAAAAACAACGACAAUAGAUUAUCAGAUGACAUCGGAAAUUUGAGAAAAGAAAAUCAAGAUCUGAAAAAUAUUUUCACUGUUCUGCGAGAUUGUAAAACUAAAAUUUCCAACGCGUGCAACGAAAUAUUUAAUUUAUCUACCGCAGAAAAAAUCAACAGAGAUGAAUUCAUCGAAACGUCUCGAACAAUAUUCGAAGAGAUUUCAUCGGAAAAUAAAAACAAAGACUCAUUUUUGGAAAUCAUUGACGUUGUUUUCGACUCCUGCGAAUCGAUUCACAAAAAUGUCACCGACCAUUUAAAGAAAGAAUUUGAUAAUUUUGAAAAUCAAAAAGCAUCGUAUAUCGAUUCCGUGAAGGAUUUACAAAGUCAAGUGGAAAAUUUGAAAAACGAUUUGGGAAAUUGCGAAUCGGAAUUGGAAAAAUGCAAAGAACAGAACGAAACAUUAAAACAAAACGGAUUUGAAUUCGAAUCGACGAUUUCUAAACUGGAGAAAGAAAUCGAAUCUCUUAAAGUUCACGAGUCCGACAAGAGGAAAAUCCAGGAAAAUCUCAAUCAGGCACAAGAAUCGAUAGCGAACCUCGAGUCUGAAUUAUCGGCAAAGGAAAGCGAAAAAAUCGACAUGGUUGAUAAAAUUAAAGAAUUGAACGAAAAAAUAAAUGAAUUGGAAUCCGAAAUAAAAAUGAAAGAAUCCGAAGUCGAAAAGUGGAUUAAAAUUCACGACGAGUUAAAAGUCCAGAACGAAAAAUUGUCGAAAACUUUAGAAAAUUCCGAAAAGUUCAUCAUCGAAUUAGAAAAAGAAUUGAAAGCGUCCAAAGAUGAAUUAACGUGGAACGAUAACAAAUCGUACGAAGAAAUAACAUUGCUCAAAAACGAAAUCGAAAAAAUGAAAAACACCAUUUCCUCUUUGAUUCGGUGGAAAACGUCCGUGGCAGAAAUGGUGGCCGAAUUGUCGGAUAUCCGCGAUGUCGAUUUUUCGACGUAUCACGAAAAAAUUAAAUCGAUACCUAUUGAAUUUUCCGAAAAAGAAUUAAACGCUGAAGUUUUAUCCGAUUGCGUUCAAAUAAUUUUCAAUUGUUGCGAAUCUCUCAAGCUCAAACUAUCUGCAGAUAAUGAUACCCGGAGGGAAAACUACGAAUCGCAGAAAAAAAUCGACGACGAUCUGAUACAAAACUUACGAGACGAAGCGAAAAGUCUGAAAGACGAAAUUAAAAAUUUAGAAAUAGAAUUGAAACGUUGCAGCGAAGUACAAAAUGAUUUUCAGGUAAAAUUUUCAAACGCGGAAAAAAUCAUUUCGAAUCAGGAGGAAGAAAUCAGGCUCCUUCAAUUGCAAAAUUCUGAACUUUCGAAAAUUCGACAAGAUUUGUCAUCGUCCGAAAGGAUCAUUUCGAACUUGAAAUCAGAGAUGGAAGCUCUCGCGAACGAAAAAAAAGAAAUCGAAAAUAAGUAUAACGAAUCCAUCCGGAAAAACGAAACGAUGGCAUCCGAAAUCGAAAAGAAAGAAAUCGAAUUGAAAAAUGUUAAUUCAUUUUACGACGAAUUGAAAUUGGGAAACGAAGAAUUGACGAAAUUGCUCAGGGAUUCGGAAGGGUCCAUGUCGCAUCUGGAAGAACAAUUGGAAAUCGUUAAAAAAGAAUUGUCUUCGAGCGGUGAUAAAUUUUCCGAAGAAAUAACUCAUCUCAAGAAGGAAAAUUCACGUCUCAAACACGUAUUCACUGUCAUAGUCGAUAAGAGGACGUCUCUCUCUGAAUUGUUCUCGAAAGUUUUCAACAUGAACGACUUGAACGAUUUCGAAUCGAUCAAAAUUUCCGACAGAAUUCGUCCGAUAUUUAAAAAUUCACUCGAAGAUGCGGAAAGUGAAAAAUAUUUGUUAAACGUCGCGGAAACCAUAUUCACGUGUUGCGAAUACCUCGAACGGAAAAUAAGAAAAGAAAAAGAAAUGGACAGGGAAAUUUUCACGAAGGAAAAAAAUACGUACGAAAAUCUCGUGAAAGAUUUGAACGUGAGAUUGGAAUCCGUGAAUGGCGAAGUGGAAGAAUCCAAAAUUAAAUUGAGAGAAAUGGAAUCGCACAAGACAAAGUGCACGGAAUUGUUUGAGAAAAUAAACGAAAAUGAAAACGUCAUUUCCCGGCAAAAGGAAUUGCUGGAAAGGAAAGCGGAUGAUUUCGAAGAGCUCGCGAAGAAGGUGAAAAUUUUAGAAGAAAAUAAAAAAAAUCUAACGGAUAUUAUAUUGGACGUGCAAUCUUGUUUGGACAUGUCCGACGACACGAUCACGAAAUUGACGUCUGGAAAUUUCGAAAACCGGAAAAUAUUGAGCGAGAGCAUAAACGUACACAUAAAACUACAAAUGGAAAAUUUGAGAAUCGAAAAUUCAAAUUUGAAAAUGGGAAGCGAUAACUUGAAGGAAAAAGUCAAAGAACUGAGCAAAAUGAUCACGGACAUGUCGAAUCGUCAACUUCGGGAUGAGAUGUCAUCGUCGUCGUUGUCGACAUUAAACCAUUCGCUGUCGAAUUCGAGAGUGUUGAGGAGCAGCAGCGGUUCGGGACGGAGCGAAUUGUGUGCGAGAAGAUUGGACAAAUUGGAAGAAACGAAUCAAAAUUUAACGGAGCUCAUAACGCGAAUACUAACGCUCACGGAUUUUCCAAACGUGGAAAAACUCAAAUUCAUGUCGGUGAGAGAAUUUCCGAGCACGAGUAAAAAAAUAAUCGGACACAUCGACGGACUCCUCGCGGAAAUGAAAGAAUUGAAAGAAACGAAUGCCACUCUCGACGAAGAGUGCGAAUCAUACGCGGAAACGAUCAAAGAAAUGAAAAAGGAAGAGGUGAACGUUUGGAAAAGCAACAUGGAGAAAUUGGAAAAACUCGAAAGUGAAAAAACGUGUUUGAAUAAAGAAAAAACGGAAUUGGAAAAGGAAAGGAAAAAUCUACUGGAGAAAAUAACGAAGCUGGAAAACGAGUGUCAAAAACUGAGGGCAAAGACCACGUCCGAUGACGUCAAUGCUUUUUCUUGCGCAUGCGGUAAAGAAUCGAAAAAAAUUCACGAUUUGAAAAGAAUGAUAUUGAUAAAAGAGCAAAAAAUAUUAGAGCUCCAAGAUUUGGAAAGUCAAAAUGCAGUUUACAAUUCUCAAAUUAAAUAUCUCGAACACGCUUUACAACAGGAAAAGAAAAAGGUCAAAUUGGAAAAAGACAAAAGCGACAAACUUAGAAAAGAAUUGGAUGAGAUGUCGUCUUCGGGAGGCGGAAAUAAUCAAAAGAAAAGCUCGUCGGACGACAAUGAAAUGUUGAACGAAUUGAGAAUGUGCGGAUCCGUGAGCGGAGGUGGAGGAGGAGGAGGAGUCGUACAAGAAUUUUUCGACAGGGAAAAAAUGAGAAAACUAUCCAAAGACAUUGGAAUACUCAAAGAAUUGUGCAGAGCGAGAUACGCCGAGAUAAAACGUUUGGAAGCGGAAAAUGCAUCUCUCAAAGCAUUAAAGUCAAAGUAA